AGAAAAAACACAUCUUUAACAUGUCAAUUAUAUUUAUUUUUAUAAUAACAAUAUUAAUAUUAUAUAUGUGUUAUUCCUUUGUCACUGGCAAGCCAAAUAACACUCCACCAGGACUUUUGAGACUUCCGCUAUGGGGAUCAUAUUGGUUUCUUCUUUGGGGCAAUUACAAAUUUCCUCACGAAACAAUAGCCUAUUAUGUAAAAAAAUUUAAAUCAAAAAUAAUAAGCUGUUAUUUGGGUAAUGCUUUUGUUGUAAUUGUUAAUGAUUAUGCUGGAAUUAAAGAAGUUCUUAAUAGAAAAGAAUUUGAUGGAAGAGCAAUUAGUGAUGUUAUGAAAAUACGUGCAUUUGGAAAAACAUUGGGAAUAUUUUUUAAUGAUGCUGUUGAGUGGCAUGAACAACGACGAUUUGCAUUACGAAAUAUGAGAGAUUUUGGUUUUGGUCGUCGUCAUCAAGAAGUGGAAAAUAAUUUCGUUGAAGAAUUAACAGUGAUGCUUGAUACAAUUGAUAAUGGACCAAUUAAUAAUUCAGAAAAAUCUGUGGUCAAUGGUGAUUUAGUAUAUUUUCCAAAUAUAUUAUAUCCAACAUGUGUCAACAUGUUGUGGUCAAUUAUGUCAGGAGAAAGAUUUGAUAGGUCAGAGCAUGAUAUUCUUCGUCAAUUUUGUAUUGAUGCAUCUAUAUUUCAAGCUGGAGGUGAUACAACUGGUGGUGCUACCAGUAUGACUGCUUGGCUACGACACUUUGGAGAUAUUUUUAGCUGGAAAAGUUUUUACAAUGCUCACAAUGGAAUGAUUAAUUUUUUUCGAAUGUAUCUCGAGAAGCAUGGAGAAAGUCUUACCGAAGAUGAAAAAGAAUCACGUGGAUUUAUGUCAACGUAUUUAUGUAAAAUGAAAAAUUUAAAAAGCAGCAAUGAAGCUGGAUUUUCUGUAGAUCAAAUGCUAUUGGUUAUUGAGGACUUUAUGUUUCCUGCAGCGAGUGCAGUUCCAACUGUCAUUACCAAUUGCAUCAAAUACAUGAUGCAUUAUCCAGAAGUCAUGAAAAAAGUACAAGCUGAAAUUGAUCAUGUUGUUGGUCGUGGACGAGUUCCAAAAUGGGAUGAUAGAAAAGAUUUGAUUUAUACUGAAGCAACAAUUCGUGAAGUCAUGCGAAUUGCAACUAUCACACCAUUGAGUGUUGCACACAGAGCUAUUCAAAAUACAAAAUUAUUUGGCUAUGACAUACCAGUGGACACAAUAAUGAUGACAAAUCUUACUGCCAUGCACAAUGACCCAGAUACCUGGGGUGAUCCAGAAAAUUUUCGACCUGAAAGAUUUUUAAAUGAUCAAGGUCAGCUGGGAAAAGACUACAGUAUGCCUUUUGGAAAUGGGAAACGUCUUUGUGCUGGUGAGACUUUUGCACGAUUUAUGGUAUUUGGUAUGUUUGCCACUCUUGUUCAACAUUAUGAUUUUUCUUUUGUCGAUGGAGAACCCAUGAGUCUGAAUGACAAAAUACCUGGGAUAAUUGUACAGAAUCCAAGAGCAUGGAUUAAGCUAAAUCCUCGUCAUUAAAUACAGUAAAUAAUUUCCUUUCAUCAACGUUGGAAAACACAUUGCUAAUGAUCAAAUUAACGAUGUAAUCUUUUGUUUUUCUGACUAUCAAUUUCACAUGUCAUUAGAAUAAAAAAUAAAUAAAAAUUUACGAUUA